AUGAGUAUUGUUGAAGCGUAUGCAAAGUUGCACGGAAAGGACCAAGACUGGUAUAUAACCGGACUCCCUUUUGUGUUUGGACGAAAAUCGGAGAAAAGUCCAGAGCAUUUUGUAGAUAUUACUCUCGGAGAGGGAACGAAGACUGUCUCACGAGAGCACGCCGUUCUCACAUAUUCGGAGGAGAAGAAAGCCUAUGUCCUUGAAAUUAAGGGGAAAAGUGGUUGUAUCAUAAAUCGAAAGCAAUAUGUCAGGGGCGAACGUUGCUGUUUAUACAAUAAGGACGCUGUGGAAAUGGCGCAGUGCAAAUUCUACUUUUUGCUUCCGACCGGUGCGUCUCCAGAGGGAGCGAAUAAAGAAGAAGAAGAAGCCGCAGCUCCUUCAGCCAAGAGAGUUUUGGAGGAAAAUCCUUCCGGUCAAUCUUCUAAGCGUGUCGAAACGAUAGAUGUGAAUAAGAAAGAAAAAUAA